AUGACCACCACCGCCAAGCCUAGGGUCGCGGCCCCAGGCGUCUGCAUGAUAACAGAGGAGAACCUAUAUGGGGUGGGAAACUCCAGAUCCAUCGUGGCCAGCCGUGAUGGUUGGCCCCACGCUACCCCCGCAGCCGUGGUGGCCAAGCCACCGCCAGAAUACCAUCGGGACGCUGCCCCAUUCGUGCCAAAUCCGCCUCCAGGCCAGGUGCACGCCAAGGUUUUUGAGGGAACUUCCGGUAUUGACAACAAAUAUACAACUGUGCAAUUCACUGGUGAGGUUCUAAAUACUCCAGUGUCACUGGAUAUGCUUGGACGCAUUUUCAAUGGUUCUGGUAAACCUAUAGACAAUGGCUCACCAAUUUUACCAGAGGCAUACCUGGAUAUUUCUGGAAGUUCUAUCAAUCCCAGCGAACGGACAUACCCUGAAGAAAUGAUUCAGACUGGCAUAUCUACAAUUGAUGUCAUGAAUUCUAUCGCUCGUGGUCAGAAGAUCCCUCUGUUCUCCGCUGCAGGUCUGCCACACAAUGAAAUUGCUGCUCAGAUUUGCCGUCAGGCUGGGCUAGUAAAGCGUAAAGAGAAGACUGAUAAUAUCUUGGAGAAUGCCGAGGAGGACAAUUUUGCUAUUGUCUUUGCAGCUAUGGGAGUAAACAUGGAAACAGCACAAUUUUUCAAGCGUGAUUUCGAGGAGAAUGGUUCAAUGGAGAGAGUUACCUUAUUUCUUAAUCUGGCAAAUGAUCCUACCAUCGAGCGUAUUAUUACUCCAAGAAUUGGUCUCACCACAGCGGAAUACUCGGCAUAUGAGUGUGGGAAGCAUGUUCUUGUCAUCCUGACUGACAUGAGUUCAUAUGCAGAUGCACUUCGUGAAGAAUGCCAUAUCCUGAAAAGGAAGAAGUCCAUGCCCUUCUAAGGCAGGACCCAAAUUUCUGGAAAAUAGGCCCUUAUCUGAAGUGAUGAUUCAAGCAGCAUCAGAUGAUGUGCGCUUCCUUCUCAAUAUACAAGAGAAAAUGAUGGAGAAGUUGAGCAAAGUAUCUUCAUGGCGUCUGGCAGUACAAAGUGAGCUAUACUGUAUGUGUUUUUGCAUAAAUGGC